AUGCAGCAGCCUCCACUUGGAACAAGCCAUGAAAAUGUAAUUGAACAAGUGCAAGGAGAAGCUGCUCGGGCACCUCAAUCUACAAUUCAGAAUUCUACAUUGGGAAUAAUACAUGAAUCAGGUGACCAAGUUACUCAACAAGCUGAUGGAGGUUCCAAGUCGCAUGAGCAGCGCCAGAACUCUCCAAUUCAACAAUCUCCACUUGGAACAAGGCAUGAAGCAACUGAAGAAAGUCCAAAUCAGGACUCUCGAGGUCCACAUUCCAGUGACACCACCUUCAUGUCAUGCAACUCGGACAAUGCAGGAAAAGAAACUACAAAUGAUUCAAGUGAAGUACAUCAGAAAAUCCGAGGCCCUACAUUUAUGAAAGAAAUUUGGGGUCGGCCUAAGGAACUUCCACGGAUUGAGAUUAAACUCGAUGACAAUGGGAUCCCAAUAAGUGAGAAAACCUCUUUCUCUGAAUUCUUGGGCAGUUUGGCUAGGAAUGGUAUGUAUUGUCCAGUAGAUGUUGAAACAUGGCUUAAGAUGCCAAGGAAACUUAAAAUGGACAUGUUAGAAGUGAUAAAGGAAAGGUUUGCUUUGCCUAUGGGACUGGAAGCUUGGACCUUAAGAUCUAUUGACAAAAAAUGGAGAAGCUGGAAGGCAGAUUUAAAGGCUAACUAUUUUGAUCCUGCCGUGCCAAAUGCUGAAGCUCGGUUUCAAAAGGACAUAAGGGUACGGGAAGAGCAAUGGAUCAAACUUUGGGCUUAUUGGAAAAGUGAAGAAGCAAAGUCCAAACAGUUGGGAAGACCUCCUACUAGAGUAGAAAUGUUCAAUAAGUUUUAUACCCAUGCCGAUGGAACUCCAUCAAGUACCAUAGUUGCUGAGAAUUUGGAAAAAAUGACUGAGCUGAAAAAUCAGCUUCCAUCGGAUUCGCAAGAUCCAGUUGGUCGUGAUGAUAUAUUUGCCCAGGUGGUUGGGCAAGACAAACAUGGUCAUGUUCGCUUGUUUAGUGACGGUGUGAAUCCAACGGACUUAUGGGAAGACAUUCCUAGUCGUAACACAUGCUACCGUAUAAGUGUUCAACAACAGUCAACAUUGGUCCGUUUGGAGGAAAGGCUUCAGCGACAAGAUGAUGAAAUAGCCAGCUUGAAGAAAAUGGUUUUAGUUCAACAUGGAAGGGGCUCUCCAAUUGACAGCCCGAGACAUCCUUCAUCAUCAUCUAACAAUGUGUCAAGCCAUGCUCCAUCGUGGAACCAGCUGAAGAAUGAUGGGGACUUCGUGGUUAUGCCUGAGGACUCUCAACAAAAUGGAAAGUUUGGAAGCUACUUCUACUUCUUUCAACUUAUUAGGGAUGAGAGUCUUUUAUUUUGUGCUUUCGAUAGAGCUUUCAAGUUAUUACACUUUCGAUUAUCACCAAAAAAGGAUUUUGUUGGCAGAGGUAAAGAUAUAGCAGCAUGGUUUGCCUGA